AUGGUUCCGGUACAAUUGGAGGAUGGCCCAGCGUACUUCACAUCAGGCACAGCGGAUGAGGAUGACACCCUACCUCUGACAGACCCGUCAAGACUACAACCCUCUGUUGCAGCAACACAAAAUUCAAGUCCAGGUCAACGACAUGACAGACAAGCAAGGUCUGGCUCCUCAAUAGGCGGUUCGAGCGGGUUGAGCGGAUUGAGCGGAUUGAGCGUGCGAUUCUCGCCGAGCAGGCAGCAUCGUUCGACCAAUUCGAGGCUCGGUGACGACUUGAACAGCAUGGAGAUGGGCUCGAGGACAACCGGAUCGGACGCGAGCAGGUCUCCACGACGGAAAUCGUCUCUAUCACCCGGCGGAGAUACUCUCCACAGGACCGGGACCAUGUUUCGAAACAUGUCCCAGCGUGUGGUCAACCUGAGCAAUGAGUCUGAGCCGGUUGAGCGAAUGCUUCGGAGACGCUCCAGCGUAGGACCACGGCCCCGAGAGCGCUCUUCAUCCCACAGCUACCGUGAAGGCGGCUUGGACGGCAACGCACCAUCCAAGUCCUCCAGUGAGAAAGCGCCUUCGUUCAUUGAAGUCGAGACGCCGCCAGAGCUUCCGGCUAUUGACCGAAAUCCUUUGAGAGGCAAGUCUCUAGGCAUCUUCUCACCCGAGAGCAGGAUUCGGCGAGGACUACUGGAGUUUCUCGUUCAUCCAUUUGUCGAACCUCUGAUUCUACUCCUGAUAGUCGUGCAGACCGUAAUUCUGGCUGUCGAUGCUUCGUUCAAUGUCGAGAACGAUCCCAGGCCGACGAACUGGGGCACACAAUGGAGCGACUACAUCAUUCUGGCUAUAUUCAUAAUUUACACACUGGAGAUUGCAAUCAAGAUGAUUGUAUCCGGAUUCGUCUUCAAUCCCGUCGAGUACAGCACAAUAGAUCGGGAGAUUGGCAUCAGAGCAGCCCUCAAAAAGAAGGCAGACGGCAUGUUUACCUUGCAUCGGGAAUCGUCGAAACGGAAUACUCGAACGCAAUCCCGUGUGCCAGCUCCGGAAUCACUGUUACGUUCAUUCACGAUGCAGAACUUUGACGACGUUCCGGGCGGCUCACGACAAGCGCAGAAGAAACGUUUGGCGCAUCGAGCGUUUCUGCGACAUUCCUUCAACCGGCUCGACUUCGUGGCCGUGGUCUCCUUUUGGAUCAGCUUCGUAUUGGGAACCGCAGGACUGGAGCAUGACCAUCAGCUGUACGUCUUUCGGAUGAUGAGUUGUCUGCGAAUCUUGCGACUGCUAGGCAUCACAAGCGGCACGUCUGUCAUCCUUCGUAGCCUGAAGCGGGCGGCGCCGACCUUGCUGAAUGUCGGAUUUUUGAUCGGUUUCUUCUGGCUCCUGUUUUCCAUCAUUGGAGUUCAGAGUUUCAAAUCAAGCCUGCGCCGAACAUGUGUCCAGGACGGUUCUCUGGUCCAACCACCAAUGGAGAAUUUCCUUCAGUUCGUCAAUGGUACUGUGCAAGACAACCGUCAAGACUCUCCUGAGCCUGCAGGCAAUUUCCAGUUCUGCGGUGGCUGGCUAGCUGAGAAUGGCACAAGAAUGCCAUGGUUGAGACCAGAUGGCAGCUUUGGCAACGAUCAGCACAAAGGCUUUCUCUGUCCAAUAGGCUCGUACUGCAUCGAGGGCGACAAUCCCUACAACGGCACAAUCAGCUUUGACAACAUCCUGCAGUCUGUCGAGCUGGUCUUUGUCAUCAUGACCUCCAACACCUUCACGGACAUCAUGUACUACUUGACAGAUUCGGACUAUCUGGCAGCGGCUCUCUUCUUUGCAUUUGGGAUUAUCAUCCUGACCUUCUGGCUGAUGUCGUUGCUCAUCGCAGUCAUCACGUCCUCAUUCCAAAUCAUCCGCGAGGAAAGCAGAGGCAGUGCGUUCAUGGCGAGCGAUGAAGCUGAUGACGAGGAUCCAAAGCAGAGACUCGACGAAUCUAUGCACCCCAAAGGACGAGUCUCCGGUAUCAAAAGAGUAUACCAAAAGUCGUACUGGUUCUGGAUCAUCAUCAUCGUGUUCGAUCUGAUCGUGGCCAGCUUACGGCAUGCCACGAUGAAGAGCUUUACAAGGCACCUCAUCAAGUACACGGAGACAGCGACUACUCUGCUGCUUGUGGUUGAAAUAUUCCUCAGAUUUGCAUCCGACUGGAGAGACUUCUACCGCCAUCGUCGGAAUUGGUUCGAUCUGUUCCUGGCAAUCAUCACGGCAGUCAUACAGCUCCCUUUCAUUCGAGAUUCGGGUGAUCCCUAUGCCUGGCUUACGGUCUUUCAAAUCGUCAGGAUCUAUCGCGUGGUGCUGGCGGUACAGCUUACGCGCGACCUCAUCCUGCUGGUUUUGCGCCACGUCUCCGGUGUGCUGAACCUGAUUCUGUUCGUGUUCUUGCUCACGUUUCUGGCCUCCAUCUUUGCCACCCAACUCUAUCGAGGAACGCUGCCACAAUUCGACGACGAGGGCAACUACCUCCAGGUGACCUUUGCCACCAUCUUCAAUUCCUUCCUGGGCAUGUACCAGGUUCUCUCAUCCGAGAACUGGACAGAUGUGUUGUACAACACGAGCAGAUUCAACAAGGAGUGGCACUCGGCAUGGAUCGCGGCCAUCUUCUUCAUCAUCUGGUUCAUGUUGGCCAACUUUGUCAUCUUGAACAUGUUUAUUGCUGUCAUUCAGGAGAAUUUCGACGUAUCAGAAGAUCAGAAACGUCUACAGCAAGUGAAGAUGUUUCUACAGCGCAAAGAGAUGGGAAGCAACACAGGGGGAACGCUCUCCCUGUCGGCGAUUUUCAAGUUCGGCAAGCUGAAGCGACAAGAUCCACUGGACUUUGGAUCAGCAGCCACGGAGAUGCUGCUUCAGGACGCCGUGGUCCGAGACUUCCUGGAUGAGGAGAACAUGGAACAGACAGACGUGAGACGUGCAGUGACGGGUGGACUGGCAUCGUCGUCCACCUUGAAUUUGUACAAGCAGCCAGCUUCGCUAGCACAACGGAUGCAAGAUGCAAUCACGAAGCGAUUGUUCAACAAUGAACCAAACCCGUUCUACGCCAAUCUGAGGUUGACCAAGGCAUACGAGGAGCUGGAUCCGCGCACUUUGGCGAGAGAAGUUGUAAACGCUGCCGAGCAACGCAAACUGUCUCAGCGAGAGUACCUGCGCCGAUAUCCGAAGUACAACGUCUCCCUGUUCAUGUUCAAAUCUGGAAACAAGGUCCGCAAAUUCUGCCAGCGUAUCGUCGGUCCAGGUCGCGGAACUCGCAUCGAGGGUGUGCAGCCAAACCCAACCAUUUGGUACACGUUCUCUGCCUUUAUCUAUGCCGCGAUCGUGGGGAUGGUCUUUCUCGCAUGCAUUACCACGCCGUUGUUCCAGCUGGAGUACUUCAGAGAUCAUCAGAGCGUGGACCGCCGUCUCAACUGGUUCAUUUACACGGACAUCGGCUUCGCUGCACUCUUCACCGUCGAAGCCAUGGUCAAAGUCAUUGCAGACGGCUUCUUCUGGACGCCCAACGCCUACUUCCGCAGCUCCUGGGGCUUCAUCGAUGGAGUCGUGCUCGUCACGCUUUGGAUCAAUGUGAUAACUUCGCUGUAUGAUCCAGGCAGUGGCUCACGGGCUGUCGGAGCUUUCAAAGCGCUCAGAGCCCUGCGGCUUCUCAAUGUCAGUGACAGCGCGAGAGACACGUUCCACUCCGUGGUUGUGCUGGGUGGCUGGAAAGUGCUGAGUGCGGCAUUCGUCUCGCUCAGCUUGCUGAUCCCGUUUGCCAUCUACGGCGUCAAUCUCUUCGCGGGCAAGAUGUCGUGGUGUAACACCUGGCAGCAAUACGGCGUGCACAACCUUACUGAUUGUCUGGGAGAAGGCAUCUUGAAUCCGAUCGGAUAUAACGUGCUGGCUCCGCAGAGAGUUGGAUAUCAGCAAUUCGCCUACGAUUUCGACAACUUCGGCGACGCAUUGUUCAUCCUCUUCCAGGUCGUCUCCCAAGAAGGCUGGGUGGACCUCAUGUGGAGCGCGCAGUCCAUCACUGGUGUCUUCACUCAGCCGUCAUGGUUCGCGCAGCAAGGGAAUGCCGUCUUCUUCGUCGUGUUCAACUUGCUCGGAGCAGUGUUCGUGCUGACGCUCUUCGUGUCCGUCUUCAUGCGUAACUAUACCGAACAGACUGGUGUGGCCUUCUUGACCUCGGAACAGCGAUCGUGGCUGGAGUUGAGGAAGCUGCUUCGACAAGUGGCACCAUCGAAACGACCAAAUCGGCAGAAGAAGAGGCAGAGCUGGCAGGAAUGGUGCUAUCGCCGCGCGGUGACCAAGAACGGGCGAUGGCAGCGGACCAUUACCGCUGUUCUGAUUGCGCAUCUGAUUCUCCUGUGCCUCGAAUGGUAUCCGGAACCCUGGGCCUGGCAAAUCACGCGCUUCCUAAUCUUCUUCUGCUUCGUUUUGUUCUACAUUGCCAACAUUGUCAUUCGCCUUGUCGGUCUAUCCUGGACACGAUUCCGGAAGAGCGCUUGGGAUCUGUAUUCCCUUAUCAGCGUAUCGGGAACAUUGGCCACCUCGAUCAUGGUCUUCUUCAACCUCCACAACGCCGUCUACACACAGAUCCAUAAGUUGUUUCUCGUGUCUCUGGCGCUUCUGCUCAUCCCACGAAACAACCAACUCGACCAACUCUUCAAAACGGCAGCGGCGAGUUUUAGUUCAAUCGCUAAUCUACUGGCAACCUGGUUCGUGCUCUUCCUCGUCUACGCCAUCGCCUUCACCCAGACAUUCGGCCUCACCCGCUUCGGCGCGCAUCAGAACAACAACAUCAACUUCCGUACCGUCCCCAAAGCACUCGUCUUGCUCUUCCGCAUGAGCGUGGGUGAGCAAUGGAAUCAGAUCAUGAUGGACUACGCCAGCAUUGAACCACCCUACUGCACCCUCUCGGACAACUACUACAGCGGCGACUGCGGUAGUAAGCAAUGGGCCUACGCCUUGUUCGUGUCGUGGAACAUCAUCAGCAUGUACAUCUUCGUCAACCUGUUCAUCUCGCUGAUCUACGAGUCCUUCUCCUACGUCUACCAACGCAGCAGUGGCCUGUCCAUCAUCAGCCGGGAGGAGAUUCGUCGUUUCAAACAAGCCUGGGCGGAACACGACCCCAACGGAACGGGCUACAUUUCCAAAGACGACUUCCCUCGCUUCCUCGGCGAGUUGUCGGGCAUCUUCGAAAUGCGCAUUUACGAUGGCGACUUUACCGUGUCUCAGAUCAUCAACGACUGUCAGGUGGAGUCUCGGAGAGCCUCCCAACUCCCCGUCGACGGCGCAUCCUCCUCGCGCGCGGAAAUCGACCUCACAAAACUCAACGCCCGUCUGGCCGAAUUGCCCGUCCAAGAAAUCCGACGUCGUCGCGCGCGCAUGAACACUUUCUAUGAGGAAGUACUCGUGUCCGCCGAUCCGGAUUUGGGCAUCGCCUUCAACGCCUUGCUGAUGAUCCUCGCCCACUACAAAGUCAUCAACGACAGCAAGUCCCUCCGUCUGGAAGAAUUCCUCCGCCGCCGCGCUCGCCUACAACGUGUCGAGGAAGCGGUGAACCGCAACAUCGUCGUCGGAUUCUUCGACACGCUGUACUGGGCCCGUCGCUUCAAGCGGAUCCUCGAAGGAAGGAAGUCCGCGCGUAUGACCGCCAUUCCCACUUUCGGCGUGCCGGAGAUUCUUGUCCAGGACGAGGGCGGAGACGAUGGGAGAGGCAGCUUUAGUGAAGGCCACUCACCUUCUUCCCGUUUCCGCAGCGGAUCGAUCCAACUCUCGCCCGUCUCGUCGCCCACUCGGGAGGACUUCAACCUCACGCCUUCUCCAUCCCGUCACCGUCCGUCCGUGUCAGGAAGCAGUAUCCAACCGGACUGGCACUUUGCCGCGGCUAUGGAAGGAGCAGGAGCAUCGGGGACUUCACCACCCGCGAGUCCCGGGUUUGGACCGAGAGGGAGGGGCAACAGUGAUGUGAGUGCGGCGAGAAGUCGGGCGGGUUCGGCGGUGAGUCAGGUGUUUCAGGAUUCGGCUUGGGGCCAGAGUCUGCAGAGGAGUGUGACCCAGCAUCAGAGGGGAGGGAGCGGGAGUCGCAGUGGGAGUGGAGAGCAGAAUCAGAGGAGAUCGAAUGGGUCAUGA